AUGUCGUCACCACGGAGGACGCGCAAUUCGCAGUCGGCAACCCCUCGCCGCUCUACACGCAACAACUCGGAAGCCAACGAGACCCCCCGCAGCAGACAGACCAAGCAGGCCUCGAGUCCCAUCUUCUAUCAGUCGUCGCCUCCCGGGGGCGACCAGAAUGGGCUCCCCGGCGAUGUCUCGUCGCCAUUGAGGCAGAUGACCAACAGUCAGAGCACCCGUGCUCCCAGCGGUAUUCCCAGCUCGCCGCUGCGCCAGAUGACGGAUACUCAGAGUGAUAUCGAUCCUGAGAGAACCCCUCGAGCCAACCCCACGACCCCCGCGUUCCCUGGAGGAUCUUCACCUAUUCGAUACGACCCCAGCUCUAGUCCUGGGCGAUCCCUGCGACACCAGUCUGAAUUUCGAAGUGAGGGUAGUGGCCUCUUCCUCAGCUCUCAGAUCGGUAGUCCUGCCCCUCACCGUCGAGGAGACAUCAACUCGGAUGCGGCCCGAACCCCCCGUGCAGCUCGUCGAGUCAUUCUAGAUGAUGCUGGCCGUGUUGUGCGUGAGGGGCCCGUGGACGGAUCCGAUGCCGCUUCCUUUGCAAACCGAGAUCCCAAUACCUCCGAGGCUGAUGUCCUCGGCGGACAAGGACAGAGUCUGAUCUGGGGUACGACUGUCUCUAUUGAUGACACUUUUGCCCACUUCAAGGAUUUUCUCCGCAACUUUACACAAAAAUACCGAAUGUACCGCGAUGGUGUGUCUGAUGAGGAUGUCCGGGCGGCCCCUGAUGCCGAGUCGAAGCCGUACUGGGAGGCGCUUGAGAACAUGUUGCUCCUGGGUACGACAAGACUCUACCUUGACAUCUCGGAUCUGAACCUCUAUCCUCCUACCAGAAAGCUGUGGCAUCAGAUCCAGGCCUACCCCCAGGAAAUUGUGCCUGUCAUGGAUCAGUCGGUCCAUGACAUGAUGGUUGAGCUUGCUCGAGCCGAGACCAUGAGGUCUCGUCCCUCUCAGAGCAGCGCUGGUCAUCAAGUAACCACGCCUGGAGCGCAGAGCUCGGAACCCGUGUUCCCCAGUUCUGAUCACCCUGAGGAGGCCCCGACACCUCGAACUCAACCCGACCAGAACCAGCCUUCGCUGGAGGACCAAGUGUCGUCGUCUAUUUACGUUGUUCGGCCGUUUGGCUUGGACAAGACAAUCAACCUGAGAGAUCUUAACCCAACUGAUAUGGAUCGCCUCAUCUCCAUUAAGGGCUUGGUCAUCCGAACUACCCCUGUUAUCCCUGACAUGAAGGACGCUUUCUUCCGUUGCAAUGUCUGCAAUCACUCAGUCAAUGUUGGCCUGGAUCGUGGCAAGAUUCGAGAACCCACCGAGUGCCCUCGUGAGAUUUGCAAGUCCAAGAACUCGAUGCUGAUCGUUCACAACCGAUGUUCGUUUGAGGAUAAGCAGGUUAUCAAGCUUCAGGAGACCCCUGAUGCCGUGCCUGCUGGUCAGACACCUCACUCAGUCUCAGUCUGUGUCUACAACGAACUCGUCGACUUUUGCAAGGCUGGUGACCGUGUGCAACUGACAGGCAUUUUCCGCGUCAGCCCCGUCCGUGUGAACCCCCGCCAACGAGCGCUCAAGAGCGUGCACAAGACAUAUGUGGAUGUGCUUCAUAUCCAAAAGGUUGACAAGAAGCGUAUGGGCGCUGACCCGUCAACUCUGGGCAUUGCAGGCGAGGAGGAGGCCGAGCACGGAGAGAACGAGAUGGAGGAAACCCGUACCAUCAGCCCCGAGGAUGAGGAGAAGAUUCGCCAGACGUCACAGCGAGACGACAUUUACGAGCUCCUUGCUCGGUCUCUUGCCCCCUCGAUCUACGAAAUGGACGAUAUGAAGAAGGGUAUUCUUCUGCAGCUCUUUGGCGGCACCAACAAGACGUUCCACAAGGGUGGUAGCCCCAAGUAUCGGGGUGACAUCAAUGUUCUUCUCUGCGGCGACCCUUCGACGGCCAAGUCGCAGAUGCUCUCGUACGUCCACAAGAUUGCUCCUCGCGGUGUCUACACCAGUGGUAAGGGAUCUUCUGCCGUUGGUCUUACUGCGUACGUUACCCGCGACCCGGAGACGCGACAAUUGGUUCUCGAGUCUGGAGCAUUGGUCCUGUCUGAUGGCGGUGUCUGUUGUAUCGACGAGUUCGACAAGAUGUCGGAUGCCACGCGCUCCGUCCUUCACGAAGUUAUGGAGCAGCAGACUGUCUCGGUUGCCAAGGCUGGUAUCAUUACUACGCUCAACGCGCGAACCAGUAUCCUCGCAUCUGCCAACCCCAUUGGCAGUCGCUACAACCCUGACCUCCCCGUGCCUCAGAAUAUCGAUCUUCCUCCGACGCUUCUCUCCCGUUUCGAUCUGGUCUAUCUCAUUCUGGACCGCUUCGAUGAGAAGAAUGACCGUCGUCUCGCCAAGCAUCUUCUCUCGCUCUACCUUGAGGACAAGCCUCACUCGGCCCCUUCUAACAACGACAUUCUCCCUGUCGAGUUCCUCACCCUCUACAUCUCGUACGCGCGUUCCAAGAUUCAGCCGACCAUCUCUCAGGAAGCCGCCCAGGAGCUGGUGGACUGUUAUGUGGCCAUGCGGUCUCUGGGCCAGGACGUUCGCGCUGCUGACAAGCGAAUCACGGCCACAACCCGUCAGCUCGAAAGCAUGAUUCGUCUCUCCGAGGCGCACGCGAAGAUGCGUCUUGCCGAGGUUGUCACCCGUGACGACGUGCGUGAGGCCAACCGCCUCAUCCAGAGCGCCCUCAAGACUGCUGCCACGGAUGCUCAGGGUCGUAUCGACAUGAGUCUUCUCACCGAGGGUACUAGCGCAGCUGACCGCAAGCGCCGUGAGGAGCUGCGUACUGCCCUUCUGCAUCUCCUGGACGAGAUGACGGCGGGAGGCAACUCGGUACGAUGGGGUGACGUUGGCCGCAGGCUGAGCGAGGGUGCCAGCGUCCCUGUCGAGCAGUCCGAGUUCAACGAGGUGAUGAGGGCACUCGAGGCAGAGAACGCCAUCAUGAUCAGCGGCGAGGGCGCGAGGAGAAUAGUCCGCAGGAUCACAUCUGUUGUUUAA